GUUCCCAAGGCGACCGUUGAGCCUGACAGUUGUAGGACAAAGCGAGCCGUUUUAAAUCGAUUUCCUAAAUCACGCUUUCGCUAUAAGUUGUUUUGUUGAUAUUUUUUAAAAAUGAGGAGAAGAAGAAGCAGCAGCAGCGCCAGCAGGAGAAGCUCAACAAGUAAAAGGCGCAGUGAGAGUUCACGUUUUGAUGAAUUCGGCUUUGCUUUCACCAACAGAAAGGAGCAAAAACUUCACCACAGAUGCAACGAUUACAGCUACCCCCAGCUGAGCUCGGUGAGGGUGAAGGAGCUGUGUGAACUGCUCAGCUACUGGAAUGGAGCCAGCUUCAUCUGCAGGAGUCAGAUUGAACGGUUUAUCAGGAUGGGCAUUCCUCCAAGUCUGCGAGGGAGAGUAUGGAAGUGCCUUCUUAACGUUGACGGUCUGAGAGAAUCCAGUGACUUCAACUAUCAGACGUGUUUGUCUGAAGUUCGAGGGCCUCUUGUGGAUUUGGGUGUCAGCGAAUAUGGAAUUUUGUCUGCAAUCGCCACACUUGACGACACUCAGAAUGAUCUGGGUUUGAACCUACAGCAGCCCUCCAGCUCCUCUGAGCCUUGCUACUCUAUCGAUGAAAUAACUCUGUUCAGACAGAUCGCUCUGGACCUACAGCGAUCUUUCCCAACCCACCGGUCCCUGAUGGGACAGAGCCCGGAGGCCAUUGAGGGUCAGGCUAAGCUCUUCAGGGUCCUCAUUGCGUAUGCAAAAUAUAACCCCAAAGUUGGUUACUGCCAAGGGAUGUCCUACAUAGCUGCUGUGCUGCUGAUGCAGUUGGGAGAGGAGGAGGCUUUCUGGGCUCUGACAGCCAUGUUGGAUAAACCCAGAUAUCUGGCUGAACUGUUUGACCUCAGCCUUACAAGAGUCCAACAUCAGGUGAAGGUCUUUGAUCAGUUCAUCAAACACCGGAAGGCUCAGCUCUCCGAGCACUUGGACUCGGCGGGAGUCUUAUCAGUCCAUUUUGUGAUGCCAUGGUUUCUUACUCUCUUCACUUCCCUGCCCUGCUGGGACUCUGUUCUAGCUGUCUGGGACCUCAUCAUAUUGCAAGGCCUGCCAGCUGUGUUUCGCACCGCUCUGACCAUCAUCGAGCUUCUGGAGCCUCGACUGAUGGAGCUGCAUGAUGAAGGAACGAUGCUGCCUCUGCUGUUAAGAGUACCUGUGGAUGUGGCGCAGUACACUGUGUUGGUUUCUGCACUGUGGAAGACUGAGGUCCAGGACUGGGAGCUUAAAUGCAUGAACAGCCUGGUGCUGGAUGAGAGCCACCAUGAACCCACAGCAGAAAAGUUUGAAAAGCAGCAGGAAGUGUCCUGCAACGUCGGAACAGGAAACGAGACAGAAAAUAUUUCAUCAUCACUUGAAGGCGAGACCACUGAAAAAGACCCAGUUCCAGGCGGUGUGAGUUUAUUGACCCGCGUGAUGCGGCUGGCACAGCGGUACCUUUUCAGUCCUUUCGGCCAGCAGGGGGUGAAAGAGAAGUAUUCGCAAACACAGGCCGUGCCGAGACCUCAGAGUCCCCGCCGUGUAUUCCGUAGUCGGACCUCGUCUUCGUUCACACAAGCUCAGACGAGAUUGAAAAGGCAGAGCAAGCAGAGAAGUAGCAGCCACCAAACCGAAGGACAGGAGAGCGGCGGUGACAUUAGUAGGAAAAAACCUGCUGGUUGUGGGAAAAGUCAAAGAUGUGAACAAACCUUCAAGAGAUCGGGCACCGGGUCUCUUGGCAAGUUGGCUCAUCGUCGCAGCAACCACAGCACCGUUAAUCAUGCCAGAACGAAGUCCCAUUGUCUUCGAAAUGAAAAGAGUUCCCUGAACCAGAAUCCUCACUCCAAUCUGGUUCUCCCCACACCUGUCUGGUCCUCCACCCUGCCUCAGUCUUCCUCCACCACUCUUUCAAGUCCCCAAACCAGCCGUUCUUCUCAAAGUGGAGAAGCUGAUGUAACACCCAACACAGCUCUCAUCAGAGAAUUGUCAUCCAGACAUCAGACUGGUAUGCCCUUCAGGAACACAAGAGAAUCGAAGCUGAUUUAAAAAACAAAUAGCAGAGGAAUAUGAAGGUUGUGAAACAGGAUUUAUAAAAUUAUGUUGAACUGAAAAGUUUAAAGUUUGUUUUAAAUUGUCAACUCUAUGCAUUUCAGUAAUUUUGAUACCACUUGGUUUCAUGUUGUUGUUUUUUUGUUUGACAGUCUUUUAUUGUCUUAAAUAGAUGUAACAAAUAAAAUUUAUAUUUUUA